AUGUCCGGCAAGCUCGACAAGUCUCUCGAUGAAAUCCUCGUCAACCGCCGCCAGGGUGCUCGUCGCCGUGGAGGUCGCCGUGCAGCUGCCACAAAGGCCACAGCUGCCGUGCCUGUUGGAGGAGUGAAGAAGAACACAAAGCCUGCCAAGGCCGCCGGAAAGGGUGCCCAAAAUGGACCCGUUGUAUCGUCAGAGAGCAAGAUCAUGGUCAGCGGCUUGCCUUCCGAUGUGAAUGAGGCCAAUGUCAAGGAAUACUUCACAAAGUCUGCAGGCCCCGUCAAGCGGGUUAUGCUCACUUACAACCAGAAUGGCACAAGCCGAGGAAUCGCCUCCAUCGUCUUCAGCAAACCCGACACCGCCGCCAAGGCCGCCAAAGAUCUGAACGGACUUCUUGUCGAUGGAAGACCUAUGAAGAUUGAGGUCAUUGUCGACGCUUCUCAUGCCCCAGGCGUUCCUACACCCAAGCCCCUUACCGAGCGUGUUGUGCAAGCCAAAUCUCAACCAAAGCCUGCUACAGCAUCAAAGACCGAUGCCACCGCCAAGGGCCGUGCUCGUCGUGCUCGUCGUGGUGGUGCUGCCCGUAACCCAGGCCGCCCUAAGCCCAAGACCGUUGAGGAGCUCGAUGCCGAGAUGAUCGACUACUUUUCCAACGACAACCCGGCACCCGCAGAGGGUAACGCUCCUGUGAACGGGGCUGCCCAACCACCUGCUGCCAACGGCGGCGAGGACCUUGGAAUGGCCGAAAUUUCUGUAAGCUGGGUCACUUGA